AUGGUGGUACUGAUGUUCAGCUUAGAUGGUGGUAUUGAUGGUGUGGUAGUAGAUGGUGGUCCUGUUGGUGUUGUAGCAGACGUUGAUCCUGUUGGUGUUGUAGCAGCUGUUGGUACUCUUGGUGUUGUAGUAGAUGGUGGUACUGAUGGUGUAGUAGUUGAUGGUGGUAUUGAUGGUGUGGUAGUAGAUGGUGGUCCUGUUGGUGUAGUAGCAGACGUUGAUCCUGUUGGUGUAGUAGCAGACGUUGGUCCUGUUGAUGUAGUAAUAGAUGGUGGUUCUGUUGGUGUAGUAGUAGAUGGUGGUACUGAUGGUUUAGUAGCAGACGUUGGUCCUGUUGGUGUUGUAGUAGAUGGUGAUACUGAUGGUGUAGUAGCAGACGUUGGUCCUGUUGGUAUUGUAGUAGAUGGUGAUACUGAUGGUGUAGUGGUAGAUGGUGUAGUAGAUGGUGGUAUUGAUGGUGAAGUAGUCGAUGGUGGUGCUGAUGUUGUAGUAGCAGACGUUGGUCCUGUUGGUGUUGUAGUAGAUGGUGAUACUGAUGGUGUAGUAGCAGACGUUGGUCCUGUUGGUGUUGUAGUAGAUGGUGAUACUGAUGGUGUAGUGGUAGAUGGUGUAGAUGGUGGUAUUGAUGGUGAAGUAGUCGAUGGUGGUGCUGAUGUUGUAGUAGCAGACGUUGGUCCUGUUGGUGUUGUAUCAGAUGGUGGAACUGAUGGUGUAGUAGUAGAUGGUGGUAUUGAUGGUAUAGUAGUUGAUGGUGGUACUGAUGUUGUAGUAGUAGAUGGUGGUACUGUUGUUGUAGUAGCAGAUGGUGGUAUUGAUGGUGUAGUAGCAGAUAGUGGUACUGAUGGUGUAGUAGUAGAUGUUGGUACUGUUGGUGUAGUAGUUGAUGGUGGUAUUGAUGGUGUAGUAGCAGACGUUGGUCCUGUUGGUGUAGUAGUAGAUGGUGUCGAUGGUGGUGCUGAUGUUGUAGUAGCAGACGUUGGUCCUGUUGGUGUUGUAUCAGAUGGUGGAACUGAUGGUGUAGUAGUAGAUGGUGGUAUUGAUGGUAUAGUAGUUGAUGGUGGUACUGAUGGUGUAGUAGCAGAUGGUGGUACUGAUUGUGUAGUAGCAGAUGGUGGUACUGUUCGUGUAGUAGCAGACGUUGGUCCUGUUGGUGUAGUAGUAGAUGGUGGUACUGAUGAUGUAGUAGUAGAUGUUGGUACUGAUGGUGUAGUAGCAGACGUUGGUCCUGUUGGUGUAGUAGCAGAUAGUGGUACUGAUGGUGUAGUAGUAGAUGUUGGUACUGAUGGUGUAGUAGCAGACGUUGGUCCUGUUGGUGUAGUAGCAGAUGGUGGUACUGAUGGUGUAGUAGUAGACGUUGGUCCUGUUGGUGUAGUAGCAGAUGGUGUAGUAGAUGGUGGUAUUGAUGGUGUAGUAAUAGAUGGUGGUACUGUUGGUGUAGUAGCAGAUGGUGGUACUGAUGUUGUAGUAGCAGACGUUGGUCCUUUUGGUGUUGUAGAAGAUGGUGGUCCUGUUGGUGUUGUAGCAGAUGGUGUAGUAGAUGUUGAUACUGUCGGUGUAGUAGUAGAUGGUGGUAUUGAUGGUGUAGUAGCAGACGUUGGUCCUGUUGGUGUUGUAGUAGAUGGUGGUAAUGAUGGUGUAGUGGUAGAUGGUGGUACUGAUGGUGUAGUAGUAGAUGGUGGUAUUGAUGGUGUAGUUGUAGAUGUUGAUACUGUUGGUGUAGUAGUAGAUGGUGUAGAUGGUGGUAUUGAUGGUGUGGUAGUAGAUGGUGGUCCUGUUGGUGUAGUAGCAGACGUUGAUCCUGUUGGUGUAGUAGCAGACGUUGGUCCUGUUGAUGUAGUAAUAAAUGGUGGUUCUGUUGGUGUAGUAGUAGAUGGUGGUACUGAUGGUGUAGUAGCAGACGUUGGUCCUGUUGGUGUAGUAGUAGAUGUAGAUGGUGGUAUUGGUGGUGAAGUAGUCGAUGGUGGUACUGUUGGUGUAGUAGUAGAUGGUGAUACUGAUGGUGUUGUAGCAGAUAGUGGUAUUGAUGGUGUAGUAGCUGUUGUAGGUACGGAUAGUGUUGUAGCAGCAGGUUGUUCAGACGAUGUUGUUUCAGCAGGUAGUUCUAAAGGAAAAGUUAAACAAAAAAAAUGCCAGUGUUUAAUGUAA